CAUUUUCCAUUGAAACAUACAUUUUCAAAAGAAGGCGUCUUCAUAAACGCCUUCGUCUCCAUUUUCGGUCUCUUUCUUCUUCGGAAUCGUUUGAUCGUGUUUUCUGUUUGUUAUUCGUUGUUCGUUCUUUCGGCCGGAGAAAAAUGAGGGAAUGCAUCUCGAUUCACAUCGGUCAGGCAGGGAUUCAGGUCGGCAAUGCAUGCUGGGAACUGUACUGCCUUGAACAUGGAAUUCAGCCUGAUGGUCAAAUGCCGAGUGAUACGACUGUAGGUGGAGGCGAUGAUGCGUUCAACACCUUCUUCAGUGAAACCGGUGCAGGGAAGCAUGUUCCUCGUGCUGUUUUCGUCGAUCUCGAGCCUACUGUCAUUGAUGAGGUGAGGACUGGAAUGUAUCGCCAAUUGUUCCAUCCUGAACAGCUAAUCAGCGGCAAGGAAGAUGCUGCCAACAACUUUGCUCGUGGCCAUUAUACCAUUGGCAAGGAGAUUGUUGAUCUCUGUUUGGAUCGCAUUAGAAAGCUCGCUGAUAACUGCACUGGACUUCAAGGCUUCCUGGUGUUUAACGCUGUUGGUGGGGGUACUGGGUCUGGUCUUGGCUCCCUCCUUUUGGAGCGUUUGUCUGUUGACUAUGGCAAGAAAUCAAAGCUUGGUUUUACGGUGUAUCCCUCCCCACAAGUUUCCACCUCUGUUGUUGAACCUUACAAUAGUGUUCUUUCAACCCAUUCCCUCCUUGAACAUACAGAUGUUUCUGUGCUUCUUGACAAUGAGGCCAUUUAUGACAUUUGUAGACGCUCCCUUGACAUUGAACGACCCACAUACACAAACCUCAACCGUCUCAUCUCUCAGGUUAUUUCAUCCUUGACAGCCUCUCUACGGUUUGAUGGAGCUCUAAAUGUGGAUGUCACUGAGUUCCAAACGAAUUUAGUCCCUUACCCUAGAAUCCACUUCAUGCUUUCUUCCUAUGCCCCAGUGAUCUCUGCAGAGAAAGCAUACCAUGAACAGCUCUCUGUAGCGGAGAUCACCAACAGUGCAUUCGAGCCGUCUUCCAUGAUGGCCAAGUGCGAUCCUCGCCAUGGGAAGUACAUGGCUUGCUGUCUGAUGUAUCGAGGAGACGUUGUGCCAAAGGACGUCAACGCCGCUGUUGCAACCAUCAAAACCAAGCGCACGAUCCAGUUUGUGGAUUGGUGCCCCACAGGUUUCAAGUGCGGCAUCAACUACCAGCCGCCAACUGUGGUUCCGGGCGGUGACCUUGCCAAAGUGCAGAGGGCUGUCUGUAUGAUCUCCAACUCAACGAGCGUGGCGGAGGUGUUCUCUCGCAUAGACCACAAGUUUGAUCUGAUGUAUGCGAAGAGGGCCUUCGUGCAUUGGUAUGUGGGGGAAGGCAUGGAGGAGGGCGAGUUCUCUGAAGCUCGUGAGGAUCUUGCGGCGCUCGAGAAGGAUUAUGAGGAAGUGGGGGCUGAGUCUGCUGAAGGUGAUGAUGAUGAUCAGGAGGAGUACUGAGACAAAUGGAAGGAAACUCAAUUCUUCUAAUAGGUUUGUGUUUGAGUUUGUGCCUUGUCUUGUUUAUGUGCUCUCUUUGUUGGGAGUUUUGGCUUGGAGCUGUGUUUUGUUGAAUGUUUGUUGUAUGCCAUUGUUGAUAAACCUUGGUGUUUCUGUUUUGCUGAAGUUUGCAUUCUUGUGAUUUGUGAAGAGGAUGGUUCUUUCUUUAUGGAGACUUUGAAUUUUGCCUCAAGGUGUUUUUUUUAAGUUAA